AUGCGUCUCCUCAAACGACAACCGUUGGCUGGAGUCAGCACUUCCAACCAGUUCAGCCUGACCGAGUUCCGUCCUUCAAAUAUCCCACCAGUAUAUGCCAUUCUAUCCCGCCGAUGGGGGCCCGACGAGGUCACACUGAAAGACGUGGAAUCGGGUACUGCUGAGACAAAGGCUGACUAUCGGAAGCUCGAGUUCUGUGCGGAGCAAGCCGCUCACGAUGGGAUUGUAUACUUUUGGAUCGAUACCUGCUGCAUCGACAAAGCCAACAACACGGAACUCUCCGAAGCCAUCAAUUCGAUGUUCAAGUGGUACCAAAAUGCGACCAAGUGCUACGUGUACUUGGCCGACGUACCCAUAUAUAAUAGCGCUGGUGGUACACCCACCAAAGACCAGUGGGAAGCAGCAUUUCAAAAAAGUGAAUGGUUUGAUCGAGGCUGGACGCUCCAAGAAUUGAUCGCUCCUCAGGCGGUUGAGUUCUUCUCCGUGGAGGGUAAGAAGCUGGGUGACAAGAUGUCACUCGAAGGACCGAUUCAUCAAGUCACCGGGAUUCCAAUCGACGCUCUUCGAGGCAAGCCGCUCGCGCAAUUUGACGAGCAAGAGCGACUUUCAUGGACAGCUAGGCGCGAAACAACCAUCGAAGAAGAUGCUGUAUACUGCCUCCUGGGCAUUUUCGACACCCAUAUGCCCCUCAUCUACGGUGAAGGACGGCAAAAAGCGUUGGCGCGGCUGCAGAGAGAGAUUCGAAUAUCUGCUGACCCUGCAUUGCUCGUCGCAAGCGAUACCCCAUGGGUUGUGCCCUUCGAAAGAAAUCCACGCUUCACUGGCCGCGAGACACAGCUUGGCGACCUUCAAGGAAAACUUUUCGCCAAGGGCCACACCUCGAAAAUUGCCAUCACAGGACUCGGCGGGGUGGGCAAGACACAGCUGGUGCUCGAACUGCUCUACAGAACGAAGACGAAGCAUAAAGGUUGCUCGGUCCUAUGGAUACCGGCCACCAACACCGAAAGUCUGCACCAAGGAUACCUCAUCGUGGCACGACAGCUUGAAAUAGCAGGGCACGAAGAUGACAAGGCGGACGUCAAGAAACUCGUACAGGAUUACCUAAGCAAGGAAGACACUGGCCAAUGGUUGCUGGUGUUUGACAAUGCUGACGAUAUCCAUAUGUGGAUGACACCUCUGCCUACACCAGCGCGCCAGGAUGUGGAGGGCUCAGUGCAGAUUUCUUCGGGUCAACCUUCCCGUUUGAUCGACUACCUCCCCAAAAGCAAGCGAGGAUGCAUCAUCUUCACAACGCGUGAUCGGAAAGCAGCAGCCAAGUUAGCCCAACAGAACAUCAUCACAGUGCCAGAAAUGAGCGAAACGGCGGCAAGAGAGCUCCUGAAGAAAUGUUUAGCCACUCCUGACCUCGUCGAUCAUCUACCGGACGCAACAGCACUACUGGCAGCGCUCACACACCUGCCACUUGCCAUUGCCCAAGCAGCGGCUUACAUCAACGCGAAUGGCAUUACGCUCGCUGAUUAUCUAUCACUCCUCGACGAGAAGGAAGAAGAGACAAUCGAGGUUCUGAGCGAGGAGUUUGAGGAUGGCGGAAGAUAUCACGAGGUGAAGAACCCUGUGGCCACCACAUGGCUAAUCUCGUUCGAGCAAAUCCGACAGCACGAUCCUCUGGCGGCCGAGUACCUGUCGUUCAUAGCUUGUAUCAAUUCCCGAAACAUACCGCAGUCUCUUCUCCCAUCAGAAUCGUCGCGAAAGAGGGAGCUAGAAGCUAUCGGCACUCUCACUGCAUACUCUUUUGUCAGCAGGCGACCUGUCGAGUCUGCACUCGAUGUCCAUCGGCUGGUACAUUUAGCGACCAGGAACUGGCUUCGAAAGGAAGGAAUGCUGAGCCAGUGGAUGGAGAAGACCAUCACACGUCUCGAGGAGGUAUUUCCAGACGAUGACCAUGACAACAGGAGCAUCUGGAGAAUAUACCUCCCGCAUGUGCGCCAGGUGUUAGAGUCGGAUCUGAUCAGUAACAGUGGGGAGAAAAGAAUGGCUCUCGUGUGGAGAUACGGACAGUGUCUUUACAGCGACGGAAGGUGGAGUGAGGCCGAGGCGUCGUUUAACGAAAUUCUUGCGACAGAAAUGAAGACGCUCGAUGAAGAGAGCCCUUCAGUUCUGAGCAGCAUGGCCUGGCUGGCGUCGACGUACAGUAACCAAGGCCGGUGGGAGGAGGCGGAACAGCUGCAGGUGCAAGUGGUAGAGACUUUUAGGACAAAUCUAGGGGCUGAGCAUCCUUCCACGCUGACCAGCAUGGCCAACCUGGCGUUCACGUGGAAAGGGCUCGGUCGAGACGUAGAAGCGGUACAGCUGAUGAAGGACUGUGUCCAGCGUCAAACUCGUAUCCUAGGCGCUAAGCAUCCUGAUUCUUUAUCUUCUCAUCUUGCGAUAGACGAAUGGGAACUUGAGCAUUCAAGGCGUUAG